UUUUUCUCAUUGAUGGUGACGAAUUGUCUCUGGCUAUUUUUGCACUUUUACACCUGCAAUCGCUUUUUUUAGCACCUCACCCGUGUGCAGUUGUCCGCGGGGGGCACUCAACUGAGCACUGUUAGUACUUUCCUCGGGAAUCAAGGGGUGUUUGUGGUGUUUCCAAAGGAUUAUUAGCACCUGAGUGAGGUUAUGUCUGCGGAUCCUUCGCCCAUUGACUCUCGCAUCCGGGAUUACAUUCGCCGGGAUAUCCAGGACUUCAGAGCCAACAGUCGCCACAGCGACCUGGACACGGUGCGAUGUGGCCUUGGGGAGAUUGUGGACGUGAUGUCCAAUAACAUCACGCAGAAAGACGUGCAGGGCCUCGCGGCGAGGAUUAAGAGGCGAAAGCGAGCCACUUCCAAUGACCUCAUCCGUCUCAGCAAGGCCUUCAUGCGCGACUCCGAGAACAUCUCGACGUUCAUGCGGAUUCCAGGUGCGAUAAAUGUGGUGAUCAAAGAGUUCACGGGUCAGGACGCGGACUUGAGGCUGUGGGCCACGGAGUGCCUCUGCAAUCUUUCCCUGGGAGAUGACUUCUGCUGCGAGAAGCUCGCCCUGAUGGCCGGCACGUAUCUGCUGAGUUACGUGAAGAGUUCCAACAAGCACCUGGCCAGGCUCUGUCUCUGGGUGCUUUGCAAUCUCGUGUGCGGCGGUGGGAAACCUUUGAAGAUCCUCAUGUCGCAGGAAAUUGUCCGGGAGUUAAUCUCCGUGGUGCAGAAUGAUUACGACGAGAACAUCAAGAAUGAGUCCCUCAACUGCUUGCAAUUGAUUGUGUCCAGAGAGGAGGAAGUCCUGAGUGAUGCUGACAACAAAAUCAUCGUAAAUGCUGUCACAGAGGAGAAGAACCCAGAAACCCUCGGCGGAAUCCAGCUCUUGGACAGAUAUCUCAUAAGGAAGGACUUCCAGCUAACAGAUCACACCGACCUGGCCAAGAUAAUCGCUUUCUGCACACAUUAUUUGACAAAAUAUCCACGCAAAGCACCAACAAAAGACAUAGCGCUUGGGUUUGUCAUCUACUCGAUUAGAAUUCUGGCUAACUUCUCUUCUGUGCAGGAAGAGGCUGCCCAGAUAUUCAUUCAGCAAUUCAAUGAGGAAGGAAAACUCCUCUCGACCGUGAUCAGUGAGCUAAUCGAGUCGACAGGACAGGAAGAGGUCACGAAGGAGCUCCUCUGGUUCGUCGGAAACCUCCACAACAGUCCUUUCCCCGUUGUUCAGCAAUACAUCCAGCGCGACAACCUGGCACACAACACAAAGUUCCCAAUCAUCACAUCCGUCUAAGUUCAAGCAUAUUCGAUAUUCCCUUCAGUACAAUACGCAAAGUAUAUAUAUUUUUUGUUUCAAGUCUCUCUAAAAAGCUUUAUCUCUUGAGAAACUGUUUAUUUUUUACAAAUAUCUUUGAAGUAUAAUUUGCAAAAAGACGCGCAGUUAACAUUUUUUCUGAUGGAAGAUGUGAAUAUUAUGAAAGAGUGUAAUUUUGUGAAUUUUCCAUUGAAUAAAAACUGUGAAUUUCAUAGAA